UCCAUCGAUCGAACUUCUUAGCAACUCGACUCCGCGAUCCCGACGACCGAACGCCCAACGAGAGGUACCGCCAAAAUGUCGACCAAGCAGAAGAAGCCCGCCGGAAAGCAGCGUUCCGCCAUUGCGGACGUCGUCGCUCGCGAGUACACCGUUCACAUGCACAAGCGCCUCCACGGUGUUUCCUUCAAGAAGCGCGCUCCCCGUGCUAUCAAGGAGAUCAAGGCUUUCGCUUUCCAGGCCAUGGGCACCACCGAUGUCCGUGUCGACCCUCAGCUGAACAAGAAGGUCUGGGAGCAGGGCAUCAAGGGCGUUCCCUACAGACUCCGCAUCCGCAUCUCCCGCAGACGAAACGACGAGGAGGGCGCCAAGGAGAAGCUGUACAGCUACGUCCAGGCCGUCAACGUCAAGAACCCCAAGGGUCUCCAGACCGUUGUCGUUGAGGAGUAAAAAGUUCUCUUUGGGAUGGUUUCUGGGCGGCAUAAAGGCAUCGGAGUUGCAUUCGGCAUUCUAGUCUCACAUACAAAAUCGACGGAAAUGUGAACAACGCUUGAUUCCCCACACGAAUUCGACGACUUACUAGUUCUGGGCCCCGCGAUGUGGUGGUGGGAUGUUAUUUUUUGUCUGCGCCGACCGAGUACGUGCGCCGAAGGGAGCGUUGCGUGUAUGCCAGUAAUGGUGACUGGGGGUACUUGGGACCAACGUUUACUUGUGGUUCAUGUUACACCCAUUGUCCGACAGGGUCUUUUCUAUCGACUUGGGUUGUCUGCCAGAUGCAGGCAACACGAUAUACCCCAUCCUAGCCAGCCAGGCCCCAACCAUGCAAUGCAGUCCAAUUCCUAACAAAAAAAGUUCAAACC